GCAUUUGAGCCUUCUCUACUCACAGUUCAGUUCGGUUGUGUCUGAGGUCCAUCGGAGAGAAAAGCGUUAGAUCUCCCAAUUAACGAAAUGGGAGGUAGCGAAGUAGCUUCUUGUAGUUCGAGUUUGUGGUUUGCUCCCAAUCCAAGCAAGAGAUGGGGCGAGUUAUUUUUUCUUAUCUACACACCAUUUUGGCUCACUCUUUGCCUUGGAAUUGUCGUUCCAUACAAGCUCUACGAGGUUUGUUACAUACAAUCUGCAUAUGUGUGUUAUUCAUUGGAAUUGUCGUUCCAUACAAGCUCUUGAGGCUUCAUCACAGCAUCAUAAUAAUAAGAAGAUGAUAGCAGCAUCUGUUGGAAGGAUCGGUACUGGGUUAAGUGGCUCUCAUCCUUCUGGUGGUCAAACCAGUCUAUUUGGGCUUUUCCUCAGGAAACACUACAUCCACUUUGAUCAUUCAUUUGGGCCCGUGGUGAUAGGCCAAUGUUUGUACAAAUUAUUUGGUGAUUUAGUUGGUUGUUGUUUUACUUCUGAAUUAUCCAUGGAUUGCUUGAAUCAAGUUCUUUGGGCUAUUUGAUUGCUAAUAUGGCCGGUCACUUUUGUUGAUAUUGGCUGCUCCUACUGCUUUUAAGAGUUAUUAUUUUUAUGCUUUUUCUGGGUUGUAACUAUAAAAUUGUAUUGUGUAGGCCAGUCUCUGGAUAGUAAUUUUUACUGCUUUUAGGUGUUUUAUUA